AUGGCCUCUCCACUCAACUACGAUGCUCCCGUUAUUAUCUUAAUCUGCAGCUCAGAGGAUGUGAAAACCAUUCUGCUGGCUGCAGAGAACCUGGGACUCCACACAGGAGAAUUUGUCUUCGUCGUUUUGCAGCAGUUGGAGGACAGUUUUUGGAAGGAGGUAUUAACCAAUCAGAAUGGGACACACUUCCCCACCAUCUAUGAGUCUGUGCUUGUCAUCAUCCCCAGCUCUUCCGGAGAAGGUCCUGGAGAGGAAGGCUUCCGACAAGAAGUCUACCAGAGGCUGAGGGGACCACCUUUCCACAGCUCCAUCUCUGCAGAGGGGCAGGUGAGCCCUUACUCUGCCUACCUUCAUGACUCGGUCCUGCUCUAUGCUCAGACUGUGAAAUUCAUGAUCAGGGCCGGAAGAGAUUUCCGGGAUGGACGGCAGCUGGUCAGCACUCUGAAAGGUUUUAAUCAGACCACAUUGCAGGGAGUCACCGGCCCAGUGUUGGUGGACUCCCAGGGAGAAAGGUGGGUGGAUUACUCAGUCUAUGCCCUACAGAAAUCCAGCAACGGGUCCCUCUUCCUUCCUGUUCUUCACUACGACAGCCAUCAGAAAGAAAUCAGACCCGUGAGGAAUUUCUCCACUAUUACUUGGCCCCAUGGCUCGCUUGCUGCAGACAGACCUGGCUGUGGAUUUGACGAUGAGCUCUGUGAAAGUGAGCUUGCUUUUACAGGUGUGACUGUUCUGAUUCUCCUGAUGACCUUCCUGGUCACUGUCUUGGGAGCUGCCAUCAUAGGUCUGAUUUUAAGGAUCCAGAAGGGAAAACUGCAGAGGCACAAUGGAGACAUUUGGUGGCAAAUCGACUAUAACGCCAUCACUAUUCUGCCCCAGGACAAGCCAGCCCGGAGGGGCACACCUGUGUCAAGAGAGAACAACAGCCACGGGUCUAGUGUGAAGAUUUCUGGGGACUUCAGCUCCUUUGUCCAGAGUCAGCAGGGGGAAGCGCUCUUUUACGCCCCAGUAGGGCUUUACGAGGGAAACCAUGUGGCCAUCUGCUAUGUUGGUGACCAAGCAGAAGCCAGGACCAGGAAGCCAUCUGUGCUGCAGGAAAUCCGGCUGGUGUAUGAAUUAAGGCACGAAAACAUUGUUCCCUUCUUUGGUGUCUGCACAGAACCUCCCAACAUCUGCAUUAUCACUCAGUAUUGCAAAAAAGGGAGUCUGAAGGAUGUUUUGAGAAAUUCAAAUAAUGAAAUGGAUUGGAUAUUCAAGCUCUCAUUUGCAUAUGACAUAGUCAAUGGCAUGCUGUUCCUUCAUAGGAGCCCACUGAGGUCCCAUGGAAACCUGAAGCCUUCCAACUGCCUGGUGGAUGGUCGGAUGCAGGUGAAGCUGUCGGGAUUUGGGCUGUGGGAACUCAAGUACAGCCAGACAUACAGAACAUAUAAUGAGAAAACAAAAGACCACUCAGAGCUCUACUGGACCGCCCCAGAGCUGUUGCGGCUCCCAGAAGCGCCCCGGUCAGGCACCCCAAAGGGAGACGCUUACAGCUUCGCCAUUGUGAUGAGGGAGCUGAUCCACCAGCAUGCGCUCGGGCCUUUUGAGGACCUUGACGAGACACCAGACGAAAUCCUCAGCCGAAUCCGAGACCCCAGGGCAUCAGUUCCACUGCGACCUUCCCUGCAAGAGGACAAGGUCAAUGAGAAGAUUGUGGUCCUAGUGAGAGCGUGUUGGGAUGAGUCGCCUGAGAAAAGACCCACAUUCCUUUCCAUCAAGAAAAUUCUACGAGAUGCCAGCCCCAAAGGCCACGUGAGCAUACUAGACAGUAUGGUGAGCAAGCUGGAAGUGUAUGCCAAUCACCUGGAGGAGGUGGUGGAAGAGAGGACCAACCAGAUGAUGGCAGAGAAGAGGAAGGUGGAUAAGCUCCUGUCCACAAUACUGCCCAGCUUCAUUGGAGAACAGCUUAUAGCUGGAAGGUCCGUGGAACCAGAACAUUUUGAGUCCGUGACCAUCUUUUUCUCUGACAUCGUUGGAUUCACAAAACUCUGUUCUCUCAGCUCUCCCUUGCAAGUUGUGAAGCUCCUCAAUGACCUCUACAGUUUAUUCGAUCACAUCAUUGAAACUUAUGACGUGUAUAAGGUCGAAACCAUUGGAGAUGCGUACAUGGUGGCUAGUGGACUUCCCAUCCGCAAUGGAACUCGGCAUGUGGAGGAGAUUGCCACCAUGGCCUUGCACUUCCUCAGUGCCACUGUCCACUUCCAGAUCGGGCACAUGCCUCAGGAGAAGCUCAGGCUCCGCAUCGGCCUCCACACAGGUCCUGUGGUGGCUGGUGUGGUGGGAACCACCAUGCCCAGAUACUGUCUGUUUGGAGACACCGUGAACAUGGCCUCCAGAAUGGAAAGCAGCAGCCUGCCUCUCCGGAUUCAUGUGUCUCAGACCACCGCAGGCGCCCUGCUGGCAUUGGGAGGAUACAAUUUGCAAAAGAGAGGCACCAUUUCAGUCAAGGGCAAAGGAGAACAAACAACUUUCUGGUUGAAAGGCAAAGAAGGCUUCUCUAUUCCCCUCCCUGAAUUUACUGAGGAAGAGGCUGAAAUCCCAGAGGUCUUCUGA